CAUCAUCCUGUCUCUCUCUCUCUCUCUCUCUGAAUCCUCUCAAGCAAGCUUCUUCGAUUUCCCUCUAACGCAUCUUUUGGUCUCGAUUCCAAUCAACCGGCCCUCUAUGCAAGUAUAGUUUGAGCUUCUGUUAUGAUCCGUUGAAAGGAGAGAACUUUGAAGAUUUCUUCAUUUCGUGGGAAGAGGCAUCAUAAAUGGGGAGGAUAAUGGAAUGGGCUGCAAGAUCUGAUCAUUUGGGAGGAAUUCCAAGGAAAACUGUGAUAAUGGCUGUUAGUGCGUUUGCAAGAGCAGUAGCGAAUCUUGGCAACAAAAGCUCAGUUCACAAUGCAGAUAACCUUAUGAAUCUUGUCCAGUCAAGACCACCUGGUGUUCCUCUCAUCACUGUUAGUAAUCACAUGUCGACUUUGGAUGAUCCAGUAAUGUGGGGGGCGUUCAAGGGUCUCCUCUCCCUUGAUCCAGAAUUGGCUCGGUGGGUUCUUGCUGCUGAGGACAUAUGUUUCAGGAACCCCAUCUUCUCUUACAUUUUCCGCACUGGAAAAUGUAUACCUAUAACUAGAGGUGGUGGAAUCUACCAAGAACACAUGAACGAAGCUCUCCAGCGAUUAAAAGAUGGAUCUUGGCUGCAUACCUUCCCAGAAGGAAAGGUGUUCCAAGAAGAUGUUCCUAUAAGACGACUAAAAUGGGGAACUGCAAGCCUCAUCGCCCGCUCUCCAGUUACCCCAAUCGUAUUGCCAAUAAUUCAUCGUGGUUUUGAGGAGAUGAUGCCGGAGAACUACUUGAAUGGUAGAAGGCCGCUGGUGCCGCUGCACAACAAAAACCUUAAAGUUUUGGUUGGUGAACCAAUUGAGUUUGAUGUUCCCAUGAUGGUUGAGACUGCUGUCCUGGACACCCGCCAUGUAACUGCUACUCUUCAAGAGUCGAAAUGGCCAGUCCUCGCUUGUGCUGGCCAGGAGCUAGACAAAACUGCUCAGAGAUGCCUCUAUAUAGCGCUUUCCGAGAAGAUUCAAUCCUCAUUGGAAACCUUGAGACUCUUAGCCAAGCGGUUGUGAGUUCUUCCGGUUCACAAAUGUUUAAGUUCCGGUUUAGUUCCAUAAUGGUAAUCAAAAUUUUACUUGCUAAAUUAAUGUUUCUGAAGCUGAGAAAUAUUCUACAAAUUAUAUAAGCUAGCCCUAAUAAUAAUAUAAGCACGAAAACUAGAGAAAUGGUAUUUUAAAUUAUUUUAUCGUUUUGGAUAUA